GAGCAAGUAGGGUCGCACGAGAGAAUCGCAAAUCCAGAGGCUCUUUACUUGCCCAUCUCUCUGAGGAAGAUGCCGCUAUCCCAAGUCAUAGCAGGCAUGGCGGAACUCAGCAAGAAGCGGACAUGGCGAAGAGAAAGAAGAGAAAGAUUGGAUCUAAGCAGGUAACCAAGAAAAUCUUGGUAGACCUGUUUGUCCCGAGUGUCGUUUCUGUCGGGACGCUCGCCAGACUGCUUAACGUGCGUAUAGGGACUCUCCAGAGGAAAAUGGUGGAGGCUGGAAUGGCAACCGAAGCCACCCCCGACCAUAUGCUCACCGCCGACUAUGCUUCACUCUUGGUAAUGGAGUUCGGGCGGAAUCCCGUAGUAAAUGACGAAGCGGCUUUCGACAUUUAUCCUUCCCCUCCCCAUCCCGAACCAGCAACUCUUCCCCUACGACCUCCGGUGGUGACUAUAAUGGGUCACGUCGACCACGGGAAAACCACCCUCCUCGACACCCUUCGCUCUUCAUCUGUUGCCAAGAGUGAAGCAGGUGGAAUCACCCAACACAUCGGCGCCUUUUCGGUGCCCGUCGGGCCAGAUCGGACUGUGACUUUUCUCGAUACCCCGGGACAUGCUGCGUUCUCCGCGAUGCGCGCCAGGGGUGCUAUGGUGACAGACAUUAUCGUCCUAGUGGUGGCUGCUGAUGACGGUGUAAUGCCUCAAACGAGGGAAGUCAUUGAAUUGAUCAAGAAAGAGAGGGACAGCGUCGGGGUUGUCGUCGCCGUCAACAAAGUGGACAAGCCGCAAGCGAAUUUUGAGAGGACAUGCAAUGCACUUGCGGCCGAAGGGCUGCAGCUAGAGACCGUUGGAGGAGAUAUACCGGUCGUCCAAGUAUCUGGACUCACGGGCAAAGGUCUGCCCGACCUGGUGGAGACCAUCUCAACGGUAGCGGAACUUCAGGACUUGCGCGCUGAAGUUGACGGCAAGGUACAUGGUUACAUCCUUGAAUCCAAGAUACAUAAAGGUCUCGGACCCGUCGCGACAGUAUUGGUCUCGCGAGGAACUCUGACAGGUGGCACCCAUUUGAUCAGUGGCAGGUCUCAUGCCAAAGUUCGGGUUUUACAGUCAACGUCGGGUUCAUCUGUGAAAUCUGCUUCACCGGGAACGGCUGUUGUGGUCUCCGGUUGGAAGGAACUUCCAAACGCCGGGGACGACGUAUUGUCAGGAUCUGAAGAUGAUGUCAAAAAGGCUGUGGCGAAUAGGAUUAGGAAAGCGGAGAUAGAGUCUUCCUUAGUGGACCUGGAAGUCAUCAAUGAACACCGGAGACACGAGAGGGAGGAAAGAGGGCUGGAGGAGCAAGGCCUGGACCCGACAGUCCAGAAUGACAAACAGGGUCCUAAAGAGUUAAGGUUGGUUAUUAAGGCGGAUGUCAGUGGGAGUGUGGAGGCCGUGGUGGGUGCGAUAUCUGGGAUUGGCAACGACAAAGCUGCGGUUAAGGUAGUAUGUACCGGCGUUGGAGAUGUCACCGAAUCCGAUGUUAUGAGGGCUAAGGCAGUUGAAGGAAUGGUCGUGGCCUUUUCUGUCAAUAUCCCCAGGCCGAUCCAGGCCAUUGCUACGCAGAACCAAGUCCCGAUAUACUCCACAACUAUCAUCUACCGACUAGUGGAUGAUAUCAAAGAACGUCUGGUUGCUCUCUUACCAGCGACCAUCGAAGCCAAGGUGACAGGAGAGGCUACCGUUUUACAAAUCUUCGACAUACAAGUCAAAUCAAAGCAUGUCCAGAAGGUUGCUGGGUGCCGAGUCACGGACGGCGUAAUCGAAAAGGGCAAAAAGGCUAGGAUUAUUAGGAAUGGCAAAAUCAUCUCUGAAGCGCCCUUGGAAACUCUGCGUGUACUGCAGAGGGAUGUCACCGAGGUUCGGAAAGGGUCGGAAUGUGGUAUGGGCUUGCAAGGUUUUGGUGAUGUGCAACGUGACGAUAUUAUCCAAGUCAUCCAAGAAGUUGAGAGACCU